AUGUAGUAAUAUCAAAAAACCUUCAUUGGAAAACCUAUAGAUCGAAAUCUAAUUGUUAGAUCUACUCUUAAGUUACCAUAAAUUAGGUAAGAUGUCUCAAAUCAUUAGAGUAUUGGAAUAAUGAAUAUCCCCAAUAGAUCAUCAGAACAUAUUCGUAAUUCACGUUUACAUACUAAAACCAAAACUCAAGAUACUAUUAAGGCAGUUGUUAAAGAACGUCCUCAUUUUAAGUAGUUGCCUACUGAUAGAACUAUGCCUACAUUACCAUCGUUAAAUUCUCCAAGGUCUGAAGAUGAGGGAGAAUCAACUCAUAAAAGUUAGUUUUCAAUUAGAAGAACUGUUAUUGAUACACUCUCAUUGCGUUAAUCUCGAAGGACUAGUGUAGAGAAAGAAAAGUUUAAGGAAGAAAAGAAAGAGGAAAAGAAUGAAGAAGAAAGAGCUGAUGCCAAAUAAUUAAAUAGACACUAUGUAUAGAACUAAUAAUUAAUUCAUCAACAAUUAAGCAAAUCCCAUGAUGAACUUAUUUAAAAUAAUGAAAAUUUAGAUGAAGUCUUAGAGGAACCAGUAGAAGAAAUAAGACCAAAGAAAGAAUCAUAAUCAAUUAGACCAAAAAAUGAAAGUGUUUCUUCAUAAUUCACAUAAAUUACUGAUGAAAUACAUUCAGUAUGGGAUAACGUUGAUUUGUAUUUAAGAGGAGUACAAUUUGAUGAAUUUGAUUAAUAAGCUUAAUUGCAAUCAUUUUUGUAACUCUACAAAAUGAGAAGUGGAGGAUUCCCUGUAAGUUACUCAUGAUUAAAUAAGGGCUAAAGAGAGAACUUGUCAAAUGAAGAAGUAAUCAGAAGAGCUGCUGAAUAUGCUAAAGGCAAUAGACAAGUAUUUAAGAAAUAUUUUCCAACUAAACAAGUAGUUUUUGAAAAUGAUGAAGAUUACACAUAAUCAUAUGAUGUUAAUAGUGAUGCUAAUUUUUAAAAAUUCUAAAAGUAUAUUCAGAAAUAUAAUCAAUAAUGA